GCCAACUGUCUGAGACCGUUCGCGCAAACCGAUCCUCACCUCGUACUGUCAUCAUGAGUGGCCGACUUGCUUCAUUCCGUGGACCCUCGACUCCUACCUUCUCCCCGGUGGCUGCGCGUCAGUCGGCCACUUCCGCCUCUCCUUUGAAAUCGACUGAACUCCCUCACCACCGUACGCUCCGAGGCCAAUUGCUGGAACUUCGCAACAUAGCAUACGAAUGGGAUGAGUGGGUUUCCGGACAAGGCCUCAAGGCAGCAUCUAGUCUAGUAGAUGCCCGAACGGAGCUAGACAAUGAGCUUGCAUUGAUACCUGCGGGAAAGCAGCCUACUUACCCGAUCGUCCUGGAAAAGCUGCGAUUCAUGGAGAGCUGCAUAGAGGAACUUCACGAGGUAGUCAGACGACUAGACAAGCUGUUCCAAAAGAUGGUCAAGAUCAUUCGCAAUUUGGAACAGCUCCUGCAUGAGGUGCACAAAACGAAAGGAUGGAAGUUCGUCGAAGAACCCCUUUGGGUCACUUGGUCAUUAGAGAAGUUCGUGACGAAAUUACCCUACAUCUUGAAACCGUAUCGUCGGUCGCUGGAAAUGCAUCUUGACCUCGUCGAACAGCUCCGUCCACACGACGUAACGUUCGAUGAGUCCCGCCAGAUCAUUGCUCUCUGGCAAGCUCAACCACACCUCGCCCAAGGAGGGUGGGACGUCAUCUGGGAGGAUAUCUGCAGCGUCGAAGUCGAUCGCUGGAACGCCCCCCGAUGAUAUGCGGACUCAUUGCUGUGCUUCGUGCCAUGCUCACAAGGACCAUACUACCUUACUUCCUGGACGCUAUUUGCUAUGAACAGACUAGUCAGUACAUACACCGUCGUGGAACUCGGUAGUUCGCCGCUCCAUAAUUCGUCUGUAUAUAUACCAAUUAACUUCCCGUAGUACGCUAUCGCUGUCGCUCUCUAACGCUGUGCAUUGUAGUGUAUUGUAACGAUCAUCACACAUUCCUGUGACUUUGACCUUCG